AUGUGCGUGGAUUUCAGUGACGAAGGUCUGAGUCACAGUGGCUUCGGUGCUGGCUUUGAUCUCCGGUUGGCAUUCAAACAGCUUGACAGCACCGGGAACCAGUCGGACUGGUUGGGCCGCUGUCGCCCUCACGAUGACCUCACUCCCACUCGGUGCGAAGGGAGUGGGCUCGUUUCAGUUGUCCUCAUUGUUGUUAAGACGGUAUAUUUGAUUGAAGACUCAAAGCAGUCGAUCGGUACGACGUCCGCAUGUCGUGUUUUCUCGUCUAACUACACCGAAAAGUCCACCGUCGACACAGUUGAGCACAUCAGACGAGCUUGCGUGUGCAUGAGACCAAGGCAAACAGUGAUCCGUUUUAUGAAUCUGGAGACAAUGAGGAUCGUGUACUUUGAGUGCCUUAGGCGUGGUUUGGCAAAAUCCAGUGAGAGAGGGCUCAAGGCAGCCCAACCCAUCUCUGCAGACUGGACCCGAACUGCCGAAGAUGUGGAUUCCUCGGGUGGUCAAUAG